UGUGGGUGAGCGAGUGUGCUUGUGGUGUCAGAUGUAUUUAAGCGUUGCCUGCUCUCAGAGGUAACACACUCACAGUCAUGGGUUGCUUUGCACUGUGCUUCUUCCUCCUGAUGGUGGAGUUACCUCUCACUGAUGCACAAUCCGGGGCAACCACUCCAGGUACAAUAACGGGCUGUGCAGGUCCACCAGUGCUGUGCUGCUCUGGUCGAAACAACGCCUGUGUCAGGGGGUGUUACUGUGACGAUUUCUGCUCAGUACUCAAUGAUUGCUGUUCAGACUACAACACCACCUGCACACCUUCGGCCACUAUACCCCCGAGCAGAUUCCGCACAUCAACAAGCACCACUAUGACGGCCAAUAGCAUCACACCCUUCAGAACCCUUGUCUCUUCAACAGCAGCUGCUCCUACGACAACAAGCAGAAGGAGAACAUCUGCACUUCUGAAUGUGAGCAGCACCUCAGCUUCCGUAGAGUCUGCUGCCACAGCAACCAGCCAAACCAGCAACACCACCACACCCACACCAGCAGAUAACAGCACCACUUUAUCAGCCCCUGUGACGACUUCUUCCGCCUCCUCACCCGAUACAACAUCUACACCCGCACGUGUGAGCACAACCUCAGCAUCUAGUGCACACAACACAACCAACAGCAGCACCACCCUGACGCCUGCUCCCACUCUCUCCAAUACAACAAACAGUAGCUUAUCUGCACCAGUAGAUGGCAGCACGUCCUCAUCUACAACCUCUGCUUCUACAUCAGACUAUACAACAAACAGCAGCACGUCUACACCAUACAUAUACAGUCUAUGGCCUACACAGACAAACGUCACCACAGCGGCAUCGAGCAGUAACCCUACACCUGCAUAUGGACUCACACCUUCAGGAUCCACCGCCUCUACAGCAACAGCAGGAACAACACUGUCAGAGACCAGUGCUACUCUGGGAACUAGUAGUGUCACAUCUUCACCAGUAGAGGGAAGCACAUCUGACAUUUCCACCAUUGACACAGAUUCCCAGAAGACCAGCAGCUCACAUAAAGGUGCAUGACGGUUCGCCUAAGAGCUUCUGUUUUAUCACAUAGUGAAGAAAAC